AUUCCAGAGCGUUCGCUCUCGCUUUGCUAGGACCAAACCAAUGGAUUCCAUUUUCAAAUUUUUUGGAAAAUUCAUGUUUGGUUUGGAAAAUGUUAAGGACUAGCAAAAUCGACUUCUCGCAGAAAAAAUAAUGCCCUUCAAGUUGUCGAUUAAUGAAUUUUCAAAAACUGAAAUUUACAAAAAAUUACUGUUCAAAAUCAACUUCUACCAUCAAAAUUUUUCAAAAAUAAUAAUUCUGUAUAAAUUGAGAAAUUGGGCUCCAAUGCUCCGAAAUAUCAAUUUAUCAUUCGAAAAAUAUGAAAUUUUUAUUUGUUUCCGAGAAAAAUUGAAUCAAAAUUCACCACUUAGCCAAGUGAUUCGUAACUAACAUGUAACAUCUCAUUCAAAGUUAUUUUUCAUUCAAAAUUUCAGCUUUUAGAAAAGCCGAAAGUUAGCCAAAAGCUAUAGCUGAAUUAAUUGCUGAAGCCAAAAGUUUCAGUUUUUUCUUUUGGAAGUUAGAAGCCGAAAGCCAAGUUUCAUUUUGAAGCUUUCAGUCCCGGUUCUCCUUUGGAUAGUAUACAUAUGGGUAAUUCUCAGAAAAAGGUAAAAUUCGUGUACAUGGCAAAUUUCUCAACGGUUUUAGCAUGAAUUUUUUUUUUUUUUUUUUUGGUCCAUUCAAGAAUGAUCCCGCACACAUUUCACACAUGGUAUUGAGGUUUUUAGACCCUUCUUUCAUUGGUGUACAUUUGAUUUUAUACCCCAAAUGUCCUUCGACUUGGCUGUCACACAUCAUGUUUUUGAAAAUGAAUGUUAUAAAGUGUCAUGAACUUCAUUUUUUUUUGGAAAAAUUGACACAUUCUCAUUAUCAUAGAACAUGAAGGUCUCUUAUUGUGCAAAUUGCAAUUGCAAUAAGUCUAUAGGAAGCUCACAAUUCACAUUUGAAAACUGUCACACACUUUUUGCGCAAAUUUUCGAGCAAUUUUCAAUUAUUUUUUGUAGCUUCCCAAUCCAACAUUUUUUUCUGGUGAGUGGCUGCACUGGUUCACUGUUCUCAUAGAAAUGUUACCCCGCACCGUUCUUUUUAAAAACUACAUUACAGCUCGUUCUGAUCGUACUUAUCUGUGAAGUUUUGAUAUUUCGCAAAAUCUGUGUCCUUCGGCUUGGUGUUUUCAUUUACGCCAAUGAACCCGCCAAAACCAAUAAUUGAGCACGGGAAGUUAUUCUACAUGAUAAGUACACAUUUAUUACGUGUUAAAAAUCGAAUAAUGUCCAGUAGGUAAGGCUAGAAACGAAAAAACGUUGAGAUUGUCCUUCGGCUUGUCCAGCGUCCAUUUGUCCUUCGACUUGGCCAAAUUUCCGACAGCUGUACUUUUAUCGUGCUAGCCGGCAUAUUACACGAUAAUACAAGCAAAAUUUGACAUUUUCUCCCUCCCCACACUUCACCUCUACCCCUACCAAAAAAAUAAGUCCAGAUUCGAACUCUGCGGCCUGAAAAACAUAAAUCGACAUAUUACACGAUAAUAUAAGCAAAAUUUGACAUUUUCCCCCUCCCCACGCCUCUCACCCUCCACCUCUACAAAAAAAAUAACUCCAGAUUCGAAUUCUACGACCUUGAAAACAUGUCAAUCGACAUAUUACACAUCGAUGAGGGUCGAAUUCUAAUUAUCGCCGUUUUAGGGGGGCCGGGGUCCACAGUGGGGGGGAUUGAAUUGAGGCCAACACUAGAAAAGGGAUCUGGGACACAUAUACAAAUGAUUCCCACUUGAAAUUUUCCAAAAAAAUGAUUUUCGUUUUUCAAAAUUAUGCAUAUCAAAAUCGACCCUUUUUCUGAGAAUUACCCAUAUCCAAACCACCAGAUGGCACCAUUACCCCAAAAAUCAAUUUUUUUUCACUUAUCAAGUUCAAAGUACAACCUAUAUGUAGGUACUAGGUAUAAUUGGGAUGACGAUGUUGAUUAAUAACGAGUUGUGCGAAUGAAAAUAAAAAUAAUCUAAGCACAAAUAAUUAGGUUAGAUACCAUGUACACUACCAUGAAGUUUGAACUACUCAUUACCCAAAUCAUAGCCCAAGUUUUUUCUUCAUAAAAUGUAACUAAUUUCAUUUAUAAGAUGAACAUGAUAUGUAUUGUGUUUUGAAUUCUAAAAUGCGUUCAGUUUUCAUUUUCGUUAUUUUUAUUUUACUUCACUGCAGUGGAUAUGCCUCGACAAAAAGGGUUAUUUUCAUUUAUGAUAAAGUGGAUACGACCGCUUACGAUGUAGAUUGGUUAACGGGAAAAGUAAACGAUCUUUCCACAAUAUGUUUAAACGACGGUUUAGAUUUCCAAUUUGAAUUAUUGUUUCCCUAUAAAUCAUCCAUCGACAAAAUCCCGAAUUCCACAACUUCCAAAAAAGAUUCCAGCAUCGCGGGCGCGGGCGAAUCAACGUUGAAAAAUCUUCUGACACAUUUGAAACGUGCUCCAUCGUAUUCUGUAAUCUACGUCAUCACAAAUGUCACCACGCCCAGCGAUAAGACCUCAGUUGAUGAUAUUUUGGAAGAAAUCCAAAUAAAAAGAACAGAGGUCAACUUUCUCAUCGGGACGAGCUGUUCUCUUGAAAAUGAUUGCAAAACCGACACUCUCAACAAGUAUGGACCGAUUACGUUUAUCAGCAACGGGUACAUAACGGGUCCUGAAUCAUUUCAAUCUAAUCAGUUUACAGAGUUGAUGCAUCUGAGGUUGACUUCGGUUUCUCUGACAGUAAUAUACCCGGCAGUUUUGCACAAAGAUGGCAAAACAUACUGCUCGGAUAUGACUUCCAAUGCUGGACGGAAAGCCAUGAUUGACACCAAAUUAGAUUUACACAAAUAUGAAAUUAUAGCAAGAAACUUCCGAGACGAAGUAAACAUAAUUGAAUGGCACAUGUCAGUGGCAUAUACUAUCGAGUGGUGCGACUACUUUCAUGAAAAAUCCAUUCCACUAGACGCAGGUAACGUGAUAGCCAGCGGUCUCACCAGCAAUCAAUUCGAGUUCGAUUACGGGUUUUCCGCGAAAAACGUCCGUUCUUUAAAUGAGACGUAUAGAAGACCAAUAAACGGAGCAUCAAACAAAAUCUACGUAUCUGCAAUGGACAAAAGUUUCCACCACGAAUUUGUGAGUUUCCAGAUGUUUUUUUUGAAAGACGAUAUUGUAAGAUCUGUUCGGUAUACAGAAGAAAUCCCUUUGCAGCCGAUACAUGGAACGGAUUUGUUUGUAGGUUCAUUUGGUUGUGAACCACCACCGUCGCAAUAUUUUUUCAUAAAAGUGAAGAUUCAUACAAACCAAGUGGAAGUUUUCCGAAUUUCAUCCACUGCUAUGACUGUCGCAGAAGGGUUUGGAGAUGAACACCGUAAUCCCAUUUUUCAACGAAACCCAGGAAUUAAAACCGAGCCAGCAAGCAGUAAAUCAACAGACAAGGCAGGAAGUUAUAUCAGCAUAUUCUCGACCCAAAUCAUUUUAUCUAUUUGUAUCGGUUCGCUAGGACUUUUCUUCGGGUUUGUUGCAAUUUUACUGCAACACUUUCGAAUUUGUGUGCUUGGAGCGCGAUAAGAAAACGCUAAAACUUUUAUAUUUUUUUUGUCCCUUCGACAAAUGCUGUAAUGCAGCUGUCCUGUUCGAGAAUGCAAACAAAUUGAUCCUUGGCAAAUAAGAAGAGACGUAGACAGAGAUUUAUGUGAAAUCAAACGAAACACGUAGAACCUAUUUUCCGAAAUUUAUCCAAAGAAGGUUGAAUAAUUUGAAGCUGGACGUUCUGAAACUCACGCGACCAAAAGUUCAUUUUUAAAUUUUUGGCGAAUUGCUUUUCUAAACAAAAACAAUCUGUAUAAUUAUACAUAUUUCAUUUCAAACGAUCCAACUACAUACAAAACGGCCAGUUUUAGUCCAUUCUACAAGAAACGUUCAGCGAGUAUUCAUAAUUUGUUCCAUGAAACAUUAAACUGCUGUGGAAAAUGGAGGGCUAAAAAUGAACUCAAGUGCUACUGGCUUUGGUUGGUUUUUAUCGAACACUCUCUCGACGAUGAAAGUAAAUUUCUAAACGGCUUGUUUUCCAAACAGUUUAAAAAAUCAAUGGCCCAAUGCGUCCUACAUGUGGGGUCACCUUCGAAAAAAAAAUUGUACAUUCCGAAAUAAUUUUAAAGCACAGGUCGCGUAUUCAUAAGCAUUAAGAAGUAAGAAUAUGUGAGAAUGCAAAGAAUUAUGUAAUUUUUAUUUUAGUCGAUUCGAGACCAAUAUUAUACCAUCGGUCCACCUGUAAGACGAAACUGUAAAUUUUUGCUUAAAAUAUCUCACGAAGGCUCUCUAGAAAAAUAA